AUGGAGUGCGCCCUCCUGCUCGCGUGCGCCCUCCCGGCCGCCGGUUCGGGCCCGCCGUGGGGCCCGGCGGGACUGGGGCGCGUGGCCAAGGCGCUCCAGCUGUGCUGCCUCUGCUGCGUAUCCGUCGCCGCGGCCUUAGCCAGUGACAGCAGCGGCGGCAGCGGAUUAAACGAUGAUUACGUCUUUGUCACGCCAGUAGAAGUGGACUCUGGUGGGUCAUAUAUUUCGCACGACAUUUUGCACAAUGGCAGGAAAAAGCGAUCGGCGCAGAGUGCCAGGAGCUCCCUACACUACCGAUUUUCAGCAUUUGGACAGGAGCUGCACUUAGAACUUCAGCCCUCAGCGAUCUUGAGCAGUCACUUUAUUGUCCAGGUACUUGGAAAAGAUGGUGCUUCAGAGACUCGGGAACCCGAGGUGCAGCAAUGUUUCUAUCAGGGAUUUAUCAGAAAUGACAAUUCCUCCUCUGUUGCUGUGUCUACGUGUACCGGCUUGUCAGGUCUCAUAAGGACACGAAAAAAUGAAUUCCUCAUCUCGCCAUUACCUCAGCUGCUGGCCCAGGAACACAACUACAGUUCCCCUGGGGGCCACCAUCCUCACGUACUGUACAAAAGGACAGCAGAGGAGAAAGUCCAGCGGUACCGUGGCUACCCCGGCUCCAGCCGGAACGCUCCUGGUCACUCCCCACGUCUCACUUUCCAUGCAUCUCAGAGCCAAGAAAGAGAGUAUCACCACCGAAGGUUGCAAAAGCAGCAUUUUUGUGGACGACGCAAGAAAUAUGCCCCCAAGCCUCCCACAGAGGACACCUAUCUAAGGUUUGAUGAAUAUGGGAGCUCAGGGCGACCCAGAAGAUCAGCUGGAAAGUCACAAAAGGGCCUAAACGUGGAAACCCUUGUGGUAGCAGACAAGAAAAUGGUGGAAAAGCACGGCAAGGCAAAUGUUACCACGUACAUUCUCACAGUAAUGAACAUGGUUUCCAGCCUAUUUAAAGAUGGGACUAUUGGAAGUGACAUAAACAUUGUUGUGGUGAGCCUCAUUCUCCUGGAACAAGAACCAGGUGGAUUAUUGAUCAACCAUCAUGCAGACCAGUCUCUGAAUAGUUUUUGUCAGUGGCAGUCUGCCCUCAUUGGAAAGAAUGGCAAGAGGCAUGACCACGCCAUCUUACUCACGGGAUUUGAUAUUUGUUCCUGGAAGAAUGAACCGUGUGACACUCUAGGGUUCGCCCCCAUCAGUGGAAUGUGCAGUAAGUACCGAAGUUGUACAAUCAAUGAGGACACGGGACUUGGCCUGGCCUUCACCAUUGCUCAUGAGUCAGGGCACAACUUUGGCAUGAUUCACGAUGGAGAAGGCAAUCCCUGCAGGAAGGCUGAAGGAAAUAUCAUGUCACCCACUCUGACCGGAAACAACGGGGUGUUUUCAUGGUCUUCAUGCAGCCGACAGUAUCUCAAGAAAUUCCUUAGCACACCUCAGGCUGGGUGUCUCGUGGAUGAGCCCAAAAAAACAGGACAGUAUAAAUACCCGGACAAGCUGCCAGGACAGAUUUACGAUGCUGACACACAGUGCAAGUGGCAAUUUGGAGCAAAAGCCAAGUUAUGCAGCCUUGGUUUUGUGAAGGACAUUUGCAAAUCACUUUGGUGCCACCGAAUGGGUCACAGGUGUGAGACCAAGUUUAUGCCUGCGGCAGAAGGGACCGUUUGUGGCUUGAGUAUGUGGUGUCGGCAAGGCCAGUGUGUAAAGUUUGGAGAGCAUGGGCCCCGGCCCAUCCACGGCCAGUGGUCCGCCUGGUCGAGGUGGUCAGAAUGUUCCCGGACGUGUGGUGGAGGGGUCCAGUAUCAGGAGAGACACUGCAAUAACCCCAAGCCUCAGUAUGGUGGCAAGUUCUGUCCAGGUUCUAGCCGUAUUUAUCAGCUGUGCAACAUUAACCCUUGCAAUGAAAAUAGCUUGGAUUUUCGAGCCCAGCAGUGUGCAGAAUAUAACAGCAAACCUUUCCGUGGAUGGUUCUACCAGUGGAAACCCUAUAUGAAAGUGGAAGAGGAAGAUCGAUGUAAACUGUACUGCAAGGCUGAGAACUUUGAAUUCUUUUUUGCAAUGUCCGGCAAGGUGAAAGAUGGAACUCUUUGUUCUCCAAACAAAAAUGAUGUUUGUAUUGAUGGGAUUUGUGAACCAGUGGGAUGUGAUCAUGAACUUGGCUCUAAAGCAGUUUUGGAUGCAUGUGGUGUUUGUAAAGGUGAUAAUUCAACUUGCAAAUUUUAUAAAGGCCUGUACCUCGACCAGCAUAAAGCAAAUGAGUAUUAUCCGGUGGUCAUCAUUCCAGCUGGGGCCCGAAGCAUCGAAAUCCAGGAGCUGCAGAUUUCCUCCAGUUAUCUUGCAGUUCGCAGCCUCAGUCAAAAGUAUUAUCUCACAGGAGGCUGGAGCAUCGACUGGCCUGGGGAGUUCCCUUUUGCCGGGACCACAUUUGAGUACCAGCGCUCCCUUAACCGCCCGGAACGUCUGUAUGCACCAGGGCCCACAAACGAGACGCUAGUCUUUGAAAUUCUGAUGCAAGGCAAAAAUCCGGGGAUAGCUUGGAAGUAUGCACUUCCCAAGGUCGUGAAUGGAACUCAGCCAACCACAAAAAGACACCCUUAUGCCUGGAGUACAGUACAGUCAGAUUGCUCUGUCUCCUGCGGUGGAGGUUACAUAAGUGUAAAGGCCAUUUGCUUACAAGAUCAAAAUACUCCAGUCAAUUCCUCAUUCUGCAAUGCGAGAACCAAGCCAGCAACUGAACCCAAAAUAUGCAAUGCUUUCUCCUGCCCGGCCUACUGGAUGCCAGGUGAGUGGAGCCUUUGCAGCAAGUCGUGUGCAGGGGGCCAGCAGAGCCGGAAGAUCCAGUGUGUGCAGAAGAAGUCUUUCCAGAAGGAGGAAGCAGUGUUGCAUUCCCUCUGCCCAGUGAGCACACCCACUCAGGUUCAAGUCUGCAACAGCCAUGCCUGCCCUCCGGAAUGGAGCCUUGGGCCCUGGUCUCAGUGUUCCAAGACCUGUGGGCGAGGGAUGAGGAGGCGUGAACUCCUCUGCAAAAGUUCUGCUGCUGCCCCAGACACCCUCCCCGAGAGCGUGUGUGCCAGCACCCCCAGGCCUGAGGCACAGGAGGUCUGUGUGCUAGGACGAUGCCCCAAAAACAACCGGCUACAGUGGGUCACCUCUUCGUGGAGUGAGUGUUCUGCAAGCUGUGGUUUGGGUGUGAGGAAGAGGGAGAUGAGAUGCAGCGAGAAGGCCUUCCAGGGAAAGCUGAUAACUUUCCCAGAGCGGAGAUGCCGCAGUAUUAAGAAACCAAACCUGGACUUGGAAGAAACCUGCAACCGAAGGGCUUGUCCAGCCCGUCCUGUGUACAGUAUGGCAGCUGGCUGGUAUUCAUCACCGUGGCAACAGUGCACGGUCACCUGUGGGGGAGGGAUCCAGACCCGAUCAGUCCACUGUGUUCAGCAAGGACGGCCUUCCUCAAGUUGUCUGCUGAGUCAGAAGCCUCCUGGGCUACGAGCCUGCAAUACAAACUUUUGUCCAGCUCCCGAGAAAAGAGAGGAUCCAUCCUGUGUAGAUUUGUUCAGCUGGUGUCAACUAGUUCCUCAGCAUGGUGUCUGCAACCACAAAUUUUAUGGUAAACAGUGCUGCAAGUCAUGUACAAGGAAGAGCUGA